AUGGCCAUGGCACUAUGCGACAUGUUCACUAUGCUGUUCCCCGCACCCUGGCUGUUCUAUAUGUACACCUUCGGGAACCAUUACAAGCCUCUGAGUCCUGUGAGGGCGUGCGAGGCGUGGCAUUAUAUGAAUGAGGUGAUUCCAGCGAUGUUCCAUACGGCCAGCAUUUGGUUGACGUUGGCGUUGGCCGUGCAGAGGUAUAUCUACGUGUGCCACGCACCGGUCGCUAGGACAUGGUGCACAAUGCCAAGAGUGAAGAAGUGUCUGAUAUAUAUCGGCAUAGCGGCGUUCCUGCACCAGCUGCCCAGGUUCUUCGACCUCAAGUACGUGCCCCAUGUCACCGUGUGGCGUGGACACUUCGAAGAAGUCUGCAGGGUCGAAAUGGCGUCCUGGGUGCACGCAGUAACUCUAGACGCCUACUUUAUAACCUACUUCGCAUUCCGCGUCCUAUUCGUCCAUUUAAUCCCGUGUACCUCUUUAGUAGUCCUAAACGUCCUGCUUUUUCGAGCUAUGAGAACCGCGCAAAUAAACCGACAGAAGUUAUUCAAGGAGAACCGAAAAUCCGAAUGCAAACGCCUAAGGGAUUCAAACUGCACAACCCUAAUGCUUAUUGUAGUUGUAACCGUAUUUCUAAUGGUAGAAAUCCCCGUAGCAGUCGUUACGAUACUACAUAUAAUUUCUAGUACCUUAGUAGAGAUUCUAGACUACCACAUCGCUAACAUACUUAUUUUAAUAACCAAUUUUUUCAUAAUCGUGUCGUAUCCUAUAAAUUUUGCCAUAUACUGUGGGAUGUCACGACAAUUUAGGGAGACUUUUAAGGAGCUUUUCAUAAGAGGUGCCGUGACAAGUCGGAAUGGAGGGUCGAGUAGGUACUCCCUUGUCAAUGGCCCUAGAACGUGUACUAACGAAACUGUACUUUAAAAACUUUAAUGAUGGAAACACACUUGUUACACGCCACCACAUUCACGCCACGUAUUUUUUAUAACAUAUAAAAUAUUUUUAUAUGUCCAGGAGACUACAAAUAUCCAAAAUAUCAAAAUAGAAAGAUUUGUAUACAAAUAAACUUGUACGAGUGCUCUUUUCAAUUCAAUUCAAUUCAAUUUACAAUCAUAUUAUGGCAUACUGUAAUAAACAAUUGCAGCCCCAAGCAUUGCUGCGUCAAAUCAACGAAUUUUUUAUCAUUUACAUAAUCUUAUAUUGUAUGGCUUUUCAGAAGCAAUACUUUUAACAGAUUUUUUAACCUUAUGUUAAGGCAAGUCUAAAUUGACUGUGGAAUUUUAAAAAUAUUACACUCAUUCCAACAAAUGAUUUUCCGACUUUCUUGGGGUGGAGUGUAGCGACAAUAGGCUAUUACGAUUUACGAUUUUUAGUUUGCCUAUCGUGUGAAUUACCGAUAUUUCGGUCGCGUCGGGUGUUUAUUUACCUUCGUGGCGUGGCGUGUGGUGGAGUGGAGUGGAGUAGCGUGGCGUAGGUUGGAGUAGAGUGUUACCCAUGUUGUACAUAAAACGUUAAGUGUUUGUCAUCAUCACCAUUUUAUAUUUUAUGUAUGUAUGUUUUUUUGUUAAAAUAUGUGUACACUAUAAAAUAUCUGACGUAGUUUUUAUGAACUAUUGUAUGAUUUAUUGUAGGUAAAGAUACUUUUUCGUGGCUGUCUAGUUACCUUAUCAAAGAAAAAAUUUGAUAACUUUUUAAUAUUUAAAUAAUAGAUAGAUAUACAUAUUUGUUGUCUGUGUAUUUUAAUGUUGUACCUAUAUAUAUUGAUGAGCUAACUAUACAGUCCUUAAAUGGUGAGCCCCCAUUUAGGAAAAGUAUCUGUCUGUGUAAAUAAUAUUUUUUUAGGCUAUGAAAUCAUUGUUUUUGUAACUUAGAUAUUUGUAAAUUAAACAGUAAUACCUAAUUGUUGUAAAUAAACUUGUACAACAAAACUUUUAUGAAGAUCUAAAUAUUGUAUAACUGAUAGCAUAAUUUUACGUAAGUAAAUUAAAUUAAAUAAUUAUUAUUAAAUGGGAAAUUUUAAUUUUAUUUCUGUCGUAGGAAAUAAAAAGCGUAUUUGUGUACGAAAACUAGAAAAAGUAUCAUUAAAAAAUUGUCAUCAACUCUUUGAAUAUGUUACCUGACUAGAUAGACAGUCACAUAUCCGAUUUAUUUUUAAGUAUAUUGCAAUUUUUAAAUUUCCGUACCUCAAAAGGAAAAACGGAACUCUUAUAGGAUCCCUUUGUUGUCAGUCAGUCCGUCUGUCCGUCUGUUAGUGGUUAUGAUGCGUAUUGCUUGCUUGGUGGCUUGCUUUUCCUAUAUGUUUAGCAGUGAGAGGGCAGUGCAUAUCGCAUACUGUACAGAUUUGUCUGCUUGAGCGAAUCUAAAAAUUAAGCUUUUGGUUCCUUGAUUUCAUCAAACUAAAAAAUAUUUUGACUGUCACGUCUUUGUCCUAAUCCUUCCCAGAAACGAUCUAUUACCACUUUUACGUUAUAAUUAUAAGUAUAUCUAUCUAGACAGGAAGAUAAUCAAAAUAUGUAAUAUGAAAAAAUAACGAAAAUUUUAUAUGUUGUUAAAGGACCAUGGUGAAUUAAAAUCUAUGGUAUAGUGACAUUAUUACUAUAAUUAAAACUGUGAAAUAUUA